AUGCUCACGUGUCAUGUCGCCCCUACAUCUGCCCGCCCUCCCAAGGAGCGAGACGUGCCGCGCGAGCUGGACAUGGCGCGCGCCGCCGUCGAGUCGCUGGUGCGCCAGGUGGCCACCCUCAACCGCGCGCAGCAGGCCGCCGCCGCCGACGCCGCGCGCGCCGCGGCGGCCGCGCAGCAGCGGUCGGACGAGGCGGCCGCGGCGGCCGCGGCGCUGCGGGCGGACACGGACGCGCUGCGGGCGGGGCUGGCGGAGGCGCGGGAGGGCGCAGCGCGGGAAGCGGAGGAGCUGCGGCGGCGGCUGGAGCAGCAGCUGGCGGCGCACAGAGCGGCGGUGGACGACGCGUUGCAGUCCGUGGCGCGCGAGGCGCGUGCAGAGGCCGGCGGCGCGCGCGCCGACCUGGCUGCCGCAAGCGCCGCGGGGCUGCGGCAGCUGGAGGGGUGGGCGCGCGGGGAGAUGCUGGCGGUCACGGGCAAGCUCAAGCACGUGGUGGCGUCGUGCGCGGCGCAGCAGGAGCAGGCGCGGUUGCAGUUUGAUGCGCUGCAGCAGCAGUGGGAGGGCGCGUCGGCGGCGGUCGACGCUUUGAAGGCAGAGGGGCGGCGGCUCAAGCGCCACCUGGCGCGCAUGGAGCGGCGCGCUGAGGAGCUGCAGCAGCUGGCAGACGCGGCGUCCGCCUCCGACGCGGCGCUGCAGCAGUGCCGCGGCGAGGCCGCCGACGCGCGCGCGGCUGCCUCGCAGGCGUCGGCGCGGGCGGAGCUGUCUGCCGCCGCCAGCGGCCGCCAGGUGGGCGCCCUGGAGGAGGCCCUGGAGGCGCAGCGGCGGGACAUCGCCACACUUGCCGAGCACGUGGGCAGCUGCCUGGCAGCUGCCGCGCUCGGGGACAAGGGGCCGCCCCCGAGUGUGUCGUACCUGAGCUCGCUGCUGGCGCCGCCGCCGGCUGAAAGGCACGCGCUCGGCGGCGGCCGGCCAGGCACUGCAUGGGACGAGCGCCUGAGCGAUUUUGAUGCCUUUGUCUCGAAACUGCGCAAGCGACUGCUGGCUAGUGACACCGCGGCCGCCAGGCUAAAGCUCGCCGCGCGGUCUCCAGGGCUCUCCCCGGUGCGGUGA